UCUUACCCUACCACUCCUCGUAUGUCGAAGGGUCUUUCUUCUCUACAGACACAAAACCAGAGAGAGAAAAAUGGGGAUUGGAGACGAAGUUAAAGUAUUAGUUCCGGAUCUAUCGACUGUGAAACGUGCAGGCGUCGCAGCUUACAACCGCACUUCCGCGGCCGUCACAAAGAUUGAUCAGGUGGUUAGAGUGGAUGGUAUUCAGAAGCUGCAUCAGUAUUUGCCAGACGGUGAAACUAGAGCUCAGAUCGGCCUUUUCGCCACUACACUUGCUCAGAACACCGCCAAAUAUGCUGUCUAUGAAGGCUUCAAACACAUUCCUGGUGCAAAAGUGGCAUCUAAGCUGGUUUCUGAUACAAUCCAUGAAGUUAAACAACAAAAUCAAAAAGAUGGAAUGAAAGCAACUCCACAACAAGAAAGUUAUAGUAGUGAAAAUGGGAAAUCAAACUCUCAAAAUGAAAAUGAAAAUGAAGGUGGAGGUGGACAUUGGAGGUCUAAACUGUAAAUACUUGGUUAACUUGUUCAUGUGGAGAAGAAAGACUAGUAGGAGCCAAUCAAUGUAUAAGUUUUCUUCACAUCAUGGAACAAAAGGACCUGUAAAUUUUCCCAAUUGGGUAUAUAACAAAGAUAACAAGUUUCUUA